AUGACACUGGAUUACCUUCAGAAGUAUCCAAGCACAAAUGAAACUCUGUAUGUGACCCUUGAGGAGUUCCAUUUAUGGGAGGUCCUACAGAGAACACUGGAUUUGUCUUUCUGGAAGGUGAAAGUUGGCUGGCAACUAAUCCAGAACUCAGCAAUCAUUUCUUUUUUUGGACCCCAGAAAGUGGCCUCUAAUGCCAAGAUUGCCAUCAGUAAACUGAUGAUCCUUCUCAAUUCCACUGUGAGAAUGAACCCAUGGCCUGGCCUGAUUCAAGAGCAAAGAAGGAUGAGUGGUUUCUUCCAGGUAGGAGAUGACCUUAAUCUCUGUCUCUGGAAAGGAGAAGCUACCACUUUCCGAGCCUCUGUUACCAUGAGCCUUAGCAGUAGGCCACUGGACAUACAUAACAAGGUCAAAGUAGUGCCCAAGGUAAGGGUGCUGAGGCAGCGUAUCCUGAAUGAACGAGGUAUUCCCCAGGUGCUCCUACAAGUGGUGCUGUUAUCCUCCUGGGCUGGGCAUAGCUCAGGGAGGCAUCAGGCUUCUUUAGAUGAAAGCCAGGAACUGACAGCCAGUGCUAUCACUUUGGCACUACAAGCUGCUAUGAACCAAGAGAAAAGUGCUUCAUUGGUGAUCCACCCCACAGGUCCAGCAGCCCUAGCAAAGGGGAUCACUCUGGGAGUCCGGGAGUUUAAGAGAAUUCAGCGCACAGGGAGCAGCCUGAGGAAUCUGACAAUCACAGUAAAUGAUAAUGACUUUGUAGCUGAGUGUGAGGCAGAAUGUUGCAGGUGGUGGCCCCGAAGAAAAGAUCACCAUGUCCUCCUUCCCUACAUCAUGAGCUCCUGGGAAGCUGUAAUAACCCAAGUGGUGGCUGGAAGCCUCAUUAGCCAGAAAACAGAUGUGGUCGUUUUCCCUUGGAUUCUGGGGCCCCACAAUAGGAGUUGGGGCCAGGAGAUGCCUACCCAGGUCCAGGCUGCACUGGAGACCAUUCUUGAUGCUCAGGAUCUCCUCCAUGGAAACAUCGUCACCGUUCCUGCUUCUAGCUUGCCUGGUCUGCAUUGCCAGAUCCUGUAUAUCAUCUGUCUGGAUACAAGACUAGUUCAACAGCAGCUAGAAGUCAGCAAGCAGGUCAUUCACCAGGUGGUCUGGAGCUGCUUGAACAAUUUCCUUGGCUCUUUUCUGGAAUCUAUCUCCUUUCCCAUGUUAGACCUGGAGACUCCUGGGAAUUCGAACUCCUUGCACAUUAUGUUGGAAGAAAUCAAUUACUUCUUAAAACAAAAACCGAACACGUGGAUGAAACUAGUACAGAUAAUUCAGCCCCUAAGAGUAGCUACUCCUCAGAAGGUGACUGAAGAUUUCAGGACCCCUCUUGAAGCCAUCUGUCUUUGUCAGAAAGAGGACCGAGCUUUCAUCCAGUACCUUAAUGACUCCCCAGCUGUCUUCCAAGAGUUUGAAGAUGAUUUAAGGAAGACAGGCUGUGUUUUCCAAACUUGUGUCUCUUUGGGAGUGCUUAAAUUUAUAGCAAAAGGAGAACACUUAGAUCCAUCUAGCUGGGAGGAAGCUGUGGAAGAUGCUUUUCAGAAAAAUAAGAAGAAAUAUGCUGUUCACUAUGAAUCCAACUCAGAUAUUCUAAAUGUUCUGAAGAAGCAACAAUCACUAGUGAAGUCUUUUACAACCAUACGAGAAUAUGAAGGCCCUUGCUUUGUAGGGCCAACUCAGGAAGUGAAGAUGUUUAUACAACAUGUUCAGGAAAUGGUUUUCAAUGAAAAGCCAGUGUGUGUGGAACAUCCCAUUCUCCAUCUGCCUAGAUAUAUGGUGGUCAAAAACACAAUAAGCAAGUUAUACCUUCUUCCUCACUCUCCGGUGACUAUAGCAAUGGCAGAAGAUCCUUUAGGUAUGAUCACUUUUCAGGGACCCCGACAGGAUGUGCUUGAGGUGGAGAGGCAGUUUUAUAGUCUGCUGAGUGGUUUUAAGGACUGGCCAGUCUCACUAUCUCCAUUUCAAGUGCGAUUUAUCCAGAACCUCCAGGAAGAACUCUUUAAUGAGAAUUUUUUCCUUGCUCGAGAUAUUUUGGCAGUGCUGAGCACUUCUGAUGGAGUUGUGAUUUGGGGGCUUGACUUUGGAGAACUGGUACAAGCAGAAGAAUUACUGAAGACCCUGGUAUACGAAAGGAAGAUUGAUAUAGGGGAAGAUGUCCAGUGGGAAGCCAAUGACCAGGAAUGGGAAGCUCUACUUAAAGCACUAAGUAGUCAGAAGAAAGUCACUUUUUAUAGUGUCAAAUCACAACAAGAUAUCUUGACUUCAGUGGUCAUAGUGGGCAGUAGGGCUGAAGUAAAUGAGGCAGAGAUCAAUAUUAGGGAAUAUUUGAUGAGUUAUUCAAUAACUGAAGACAGAGUUAUUUCCCCCCGACCUGAGCUGGCUGAAGCCAGAGAAAACCUACUUCGGAUAGUGAAUUGGGGAGACUUAAAGGUGAAUAUUUGCAUUCAGACCAACCAUUCUACUUUAACCUUGAAAUUAAGAGGACUUAGAAGACAUGUAAACGAGGCCAGAGUUGUUGUUCAGACUGAUCUAGAUUCAUUGACUGUGAGAAGCAUUCCCAUAAGGCACAGAGGAGUACAGCAAUAUCUUUUGGGGACUGGAGCUACAGUUCUUGUCACAUUUGCUGAAGGACUCCAAUGUUUGGUGAAGAUGCAAAUGCCAGAGGAAAUUACAAAUGCUUUGUUCUCUGAGGUCUCAACCUAUAGGGAGGAGAGUGAAUGGACAUCUGUCCAUGAGCUCCUGAAGGUUCUCAGAAGAUACAGAAAUGAACAUUUUACUCUUGGUGACCCUCCACUAGGACUGGUUCAGGUAUUGGGUAGGGAGGUGAAUUUAGCCAAAUUUCAGGAAGCUUUUGAGGACUUUAUGAAUGGGUAUUACAGUGAAACAUUCAACAGUGAUAAAAUAUUAACUUUCAGUGAAGACUGUCUUCAAGGGGUCUUGGAUCAGGGGUACUAUUUCCCUCUCAACCUGCAUCAUCAUGGGAAUCUCUUAAAGAUCCAGGGUUUCCAGGAAGAUGUGAAGAAAGCUGCCACUGCUGUCCAAAAUCUCAUCCAGGAAGCUCAAGACACAGAUAGAGCAGCAGAAGCCCUGAAAUCAGUGGUUCAGUGGCAGUAUGACAUCGGGAACACUGGUCUUUCCCCAUUCGACAAAAUCACAAACCUAAAGCUGGAAGCAGCAUAUAGGAAGGAAGAAGAGAACAUUGAAAUCAUCUUGGAUUCUAGAAGAACCCAGGUCAACUUGAAGAAGAGGGAAGGUUUGGUGCCAGACACAGGGACAAUCUUUAAAAUAAAGCGGGAAAUCUGCAUAUGGGAGAUGAGCAUCCCUCAACAUUGGGAACCAAUGAAUCAUGGCCCAGUGAAGAUUGUGAAACUCCCAUCAAAUCUGGAGGAGUACCAGAGAGUAGCCAGGAGGUUCAAGUGCUCCAUGAAUAGGAGUACCAUCCUUAAGGUGAAUUAUGUUUAA